UCGGGGCGGGGCGGGGGGGGGGGGGUGUGUGCCGGGAGGAGGUCUCUGGCCGCGGUACCGCCGCUCCGUCCGGCAGUCGCGCGGCGGCCCCCGCCCGGUGACGGCUCGCUCCUCCGGCACCGGCCCGGAGCACAGAGUGCCAUGGGGCCACGGCUGGUGUGCGCUCUGGUGCUGGGAUGGUGCGGGCUGGGCACCACAGCUGGAACAGGGGAGGGUCCGGCGACUGAGACGACCCCGUGGGAGGACGCCACGACCGCGGCCGCCACGUGGGCUAACGCCACGAGCCUAGUCAGCGAUCAGGUCACCAACGAAGCUCCAGCGUCAAGGAGACGCAGACAUCGACAGCGAUUAGGCGCGGCGUGGCGAGACGAGGAGCUGGCGAUAUCGGCGCAGUUUGAGCGCUGGUCCAACUGGUCAGCCUGUCAGAAGUGUCGCCAGAGACGGCGCCGGCGCUGCGUCCGACCCGAACAGUGCGGCGAGAGGAAACUGGUGCACACGCGGCCCUGUGGAGCCGCCGCUAUCUGUCAGCGCCUCCACACCCGCUCCCAGCGACCCUCUAAGGCGCGCCACUUCAACUGGGUCUACUUCACACCGUGGUCCGGGUGGAGCCCCUGCUCCCGACGCUGCGUCACCCGGCGGACCAGGAAGUGUCAGUACCCGCAGUUUUGCGGCGCGGCGCGUGUCAAGGAUACUACCUCCUGCUCAGUGUCAGGGGUCAGGUGUCACCGCCGCAGGCAGCGCAAGCGGAGUCGCAAGGAGUUCUACAAACAGAGGACCACGCAGAGACCGGCCGAGGCGCGGCUGGUCACCAGCGGAGAUGUCACCAGUAACAGCAGCACCAACAGCAGCAUCAGCAGCAGCACUAAGAUCAGCUCCAAGGUGGCCGCCGCGGGCACGUGCGGUGUCGGCGGCGGCAGCUCCGUCCGCCGGCUACUGCGGGUGGUGGGCGGACGGAGGUCCAGUCGAGGCGCCUGGCCCUGGCAGGCGGUCAUCUUCAACCAGUUCAUGGAGCCGUUCUGCGGGGGCACCCUAGUCCACCCUCAGUGGGUGCUGACGGCCGCUCACUGCCUGCGUCGUCUGCUCUACAUUCGACUCGGGGAGUACGACCUCACCCGGCCAGAGAACAGCGAGAGGGGAUUCAAGAUCACGCCCAGCAUGGUGAUCCAGCACCCCCGGUACGACCCGGAGACAGUCGACAACGACCUGGCUAUGAUCCGACUGCGCGCCCCUCUGAAGCCGUCCGAGGCGACCCCCGUGUGCCUGCCGCGGGGCCGCCACCCCCGGCCGGGCACCAAGUGCACCGUGGCAGGCUGGGGGAAGACGAAAAUUACUCACCUGUUCGGCUCGGACGUACUCAGAGAGGCGGAGGUGCCCGUGGUGCGCGACUCGCGGUGUCGCGCCACCUACGCCGACUACCACAUCACCAGCAACAUGUUCUGCGCCGGAUACAAGAAGGGCCGGGUGGACGCCUGCGCCGGCGACUCCGGGGGACCGCUCGUCUGCAAACAGGGCGACGGGUGGUCCAUUUACGGUAUCACUAGCUUUGGCGAGGGCUGUGGCGCCAAGGGCAAGUACGGUAUCUACGUAAAACUGGCCAAUUACCGCAAGUGGCUGCGUCACGUGAUACGGCGCUACACCAAUCAGAGGCGAGCGCGCAGGCGGCGCUCCAAGGUCGCCCUGCGGCGCCCGAGGCUCAAGGUCAAGCGGCCGGCCAAUCAGGAGUCGUGAUGUUAUACGGAGGGUAUCGGUUCGAAUCUCGACAGCGCCGUCCUUCUUUUUUGAUAGACGAUUUGUCGGGACUCAUCCUCUGGAGGACAAUGGUGACUGACAGUGUUUGUGACUCUUGUGCCUCCUUCUACGCAUCACUUACUGUCCGAAUUAUGUUUGUGAGAAGCCUGUAAAUGGCAUGUGAAUGUCCCCGGUCAGCGCGCUGAGCUGAAGCUGGUGGGAUGUAAAGGAUAUGUGCCCGGAGCGCCUAGUCAUAUAUUUGAUGUUGUGUAUAUAGAUGUUAGCUAUUAUUUAUGACUGAAAUGUGACACGCAUGGACCCAGUCUGUGCCCAUUCAUCGCUAUCCUACUGCCUGUUGUAAGUGCAACUUGGUUUCCAAUUAUAUGGAUUAUAUAAUAUUGCA